AUGCCAAACAUAGCUUUAACAUAUUUAUCUGAAGUGUCAAACAUUCCAAAAGAUAAACUUCAUUCAGAGUUAAAGAGUUUUGUUGCAGUUUUUCCAAAAAUAUCUACAUCAAUUAAAGAACGCACUCAGACAAUGUAUCAAGAGCAAUAUGUUUCAGAAGAUGAUGAUAAUAAUGAAGAAUCAAUUAAUGAAUUUUCUGAUAUAUUAGAAGACAAUACUCUUGAAUUAUUUGGUAUGUUUAAUAAUAACUGA